UGCUCAGCUGCCAUUUUGUGGAGAUCGGAAUAGGGGACGCAGCACACGUUAUUCUGUAGAUGAAUAAAACCACUCUGUUAUAACGGAUCACACAUUAAACAACAGACACGAUGCUUUCAGCCGCCCAAUUACUCGAUGAGUUAAUGGGCCGGGACCGGAAUUUGGCUCCGGAUGAGAAGCGCUGUAAUGUGCGCUGGGAUCAUGAGACUGUCUGUAAAUACUACCUGUGUGGCUUCUGCCCUGCUGAACUGUUCACUAACACACGGUCAGACUUGGGUCCUUGUGAAAAAAUCCAUGAUGAAAACUUGAGGAAAAUGUAUGAGAAGAGUUCCCGCUUUAUGAAGGAAGGAUAUGAGCGAGACUUCCUGCGGUACCUGCAGAGUCUGCUGGCCGAGGUGGAGCGCAGGAUUCGGAGGGGCCACGCGCGCUUGGCACUGUCACAAGCGCAGCAGAACUCUGGAGGACCAGGUCCAUUGGGUAAGAACGAGGAGAAGGCUCAGGUCCUCACAGAGAAGAUUGAAGAGCUUGUACUUCAGAUUGAGGAGUUGGGCUCGGAGGGUCGUGUCGAGGAGGCGCAGGGCAUGAUGAAGCUGGUGGAGCAACUGAAGGAAGAGAGGGAGCAGCUUAGUUCCAACCCUUCAACUAUUGAGAGCUUUGCAGCUCAGGAGAAGCAGAUGGAGGUGUGUGAAGUGUGUGGUGCUUUUCUUAUAGUGGGUGACGCUCAGUCCAGAGUGGACGAUCAUCUAAUGGGCAAACAACAUAUGGGAUAUGCCAAAAUCAAAGCCACAGUAGAAGAACUGAAGGAAAAACUGCGUCGGAACUCAGAGGACCCGGAGAAGGACGAGCGAGGGAAGAAAGAGAGGGAGGACCGUGAGCGUGAAAGGGAGGAACGUGAGAAAAAACGCAAGGAGGAGGAGGAGAAAGAGAAAGAGCGGGAAAAAGAGAGGGAGCGAGCGCGCGAGAGAGAGAGGGAACGCGAGCGAGAGAGGGAUCGGGACAGGGAGAGAGAACGGGAACGGGACAGACGAGGGAGGCGGAGUCACUCAAACAGUAGACACUCCAGCCGUGCAUCAGACCGCCGCAGGAGCCGCUCGCGAGACAGGAAGAGGUCCAGGAGUAAGGAACGGGACCGGAAACGCAGCAGGAGCCGUGAACGUGACCGAGAGAGGAGGCGCAGCCGGGAACGCUCGGACAGGAAGCGGCGCUCUCGGAGCAAGGAGAGGAGGAGAUCCCGCAGCUCUGAGCGCAAGAGCCACCGGCACCGUAGCCGUAGCAGAGACAGAGAGAAGGACAGAGGGGACAAGGAAAAAUCCUCUAAGGACAAAGAACACAAGGACUCUUCAGAUGAGAAGAAGAGCAGCAGAAAGGGCUCUGUUGAGACGUCCAAUGAGCUUUCCAAGCCCGAACCCAUGGAGGCAGAGCCUCCCAAAGCGGAAGUGAAUGGCACCGCCGAAGAGCUUCAUUCUGAAGGUGACACACAGUCCAAUUAAAACUGAUCUGAUAGGACCUCAGAUCAGAGCCAGGUAAGUGCAACCGUCCUCCCCGGACCGGGUCUCUCUCCCUCUCCCCUUCCCCCCUUUUUCUUUCAGUUCUGUCUGUGAUUUUUCUUCCUGUUUUUUAAUAGUGCAUCGUAAGUAUGCACUGAAGAUGGGGACUAGGCCGAAACGGAAGUAGAAUGAAUGAAACCAGACGGAAAAGCCAGUGUAGCCCUGAAAAACAUGCUUGGAGGUACCUCGUUUUGUAUCGGUCAUACAUCUGUCUUUUUAGACAAGUUCUCUUCCAAAUUUAAGUUUUUUUUUUUUCUUUUUUUCCUAACUCUGCCUUUACUACCUAAACCUGUACUCACUCAAUGCUCGCAGUAAGAAUAAAUUAGUAGAUAACUUUGUUUGCACAUUAUUUGCAGUUAAACAAAAUGAUUGUGUGCUCAUGUAUGUCUACAUGCAUAAGCACUCAGCAUUUUACCAUCUACUGUCUAUAAGGUGUUUAUAAGAGGUCCAACAAGUGCAUUGAACUGCAAUGAAUACUGAUUUUUUUGGACUUACAUGGAUGUUGCACAUUUAAUACCGUCUGUUCUUAAAGUUGAGAUCCGAUAGCAUUGGGAUGAUGGAAGUGUAGGGUUAAUGAAUUAUUGCAGCUGACUUCCACACCUCACACAGCGUUGGUGUUGUGAACGACCCCCCCAUGAAAAGCCAAUUUAAAAAUCAAGGAUACUGUCAAUCUGUGCAGGUACUCACCCAAGGUACUCCUUUCACUACCCACAUCCAUUUGAAUGCUGUUGCCUGUGAACGUGUCUUAGAGCUUGUUUAUUUACCCUAUCUCUUUUUUCCCAGUUUGAAAUGUCCUCAGUUUUGCUUUCUGUUGGUUUCAAGUGCCAAUGGCUUACUCUACACCUUAAACAGGUGGAUUUAAUGUGUCAGAUUUACAGAUGAAGCCCAAUUGAUAUCCCAGAGUAACCAAUAAAACCAGAUUAACAUCAAAACAGUUCUUUCUCCUUGUUUGUGUCGCUUAUUUUUGUUUUGCCUGUUCAGUAAGCAGUGAUAGGUGUGAGAUAGGGCUGGGCAAUACAGCUAAAACAGUCAUCUCAAUGUUUUUCAGCCUCUGACGACAUUCAAUACCUCAAUUUACUUGUAGGUGUUUGUUCUGAAAUAAUUCAGAGGAAGAGUUUUGACCAAACAAAUACUGUUGCCAAGCAAUGUUGGGUGUAAUCCUAUUGCAAAGUAUUUAGCAACUGUAAUCUAAUUACUUUUUUAGUAAAAAAAAAAAAAAAUAUGUAUUGUAAUAUAUUACAUUUUAAAUUCUUGUAAUCAGAUUACAUUUACUAACAUAAUUAAAUUACUUUUAAAGUGUGUGUCAUUGUGUAGAGUUGCACUUCUAACAUAAAAUGUAUACAUUUAAAACAAAUUAUAUUCAUAUAAACGGCUGUUUGCGUUACUGUAACGGUUACUAGUCCGGGACUAACGUGUGGUGACCAGCCGAAUACUACUCCCUUAAUCUCAGUAACUGUCCUGUUAUUUGACACUUUCACUCAUUGAUUCAAGUAAUCAUGACUGACUGUGAAUACAACAUUUCUACAAUGACAUGUGAAACUGAAAACUAUUGAUUUUAAAUGAUGCUGCAUCCAAACCACUAGAUGUCAGUGUGUGUCCAAGAUGACACAAAGACAAAAGUUACUGAGUGCACCUUUAAAUAUAUUUCUAAUAAAAAGUUGAAUAUAUGAUUACUUAAGUAAAAUAUGGUGCAAACAAAUUGCUGACUGGAGAGUUUUGAAUCGAUUUGUUGAAAUGGAUGGUUUGAAAUUAUUUGAAAAGAAUCAAACUGUCACUCUAAACAGUGGCAGAGCCUCCCCACUCGCAAUUGCCGUUUUAGUCUUUUUUUUUUUUGGUAACUUUUGUCACAAUUUAGUUCUUUAGAGGUGAAAUCAUCUCUGUACAAACUUAACAUGUGCGCACACCAAGGUCGCCAAUCCUCUCCGUCCCGGGUGUCAUUCCUCCCUGCCCCCACAGUCUGACGAUAUAAAAAUGCUGCCAGAACAAUUCUGUGCCACCACAGACUGAUCGCUUGCCCCUGCCUGGCCACCCUUUUGAAAAACUCCUGGCUCCGCCCCUGAUUCUAACUGCAUGUUUGCUACUGAAGUUCAAAGUUCUCGUGAGUCAUUGGACAAAGAAUGAUUGUGAAACUAGUCUGACGCAUUUUUGUUUUUAAGACUUAUGAUGGCCAAAUAAAAAACACUUAAAAUUGUUGAAAAAUUCUUGAUGCUGCUUAAUAUAAUCAUUAGUUUUAUUGCCAGUGAAGUCAUUGUGUACAUACAAUAAAUGUCUGAUAUUGUCCAGCCCUAGUUGAAGGCCACGUCAAUACUAAUCUGUUUUCGUUUAAAACUGUUUUCAGUUUCUUAACCUCGUUGCUUUCCAAAGUAUGCAGUAAUGGAGUGUUUUCGAAAUGCUCUGAUUUUGGUGGAGGAAAGUGCCGCUCUAGUGUCAAUUUGAAAUGUGAAUGUGGUGAAAUGAGUGCGUAUUCAAAUGAAAAUGUAUUUGUGUGGACGUGGCCUAAAUUAGAUUAUUUUUAAAUGCAGAUGUGUAUUUGAAGUAAACUUUUAUUAUUAUUCUUCCUCUCGUUUGUUUAAAUGUCCUACUUGUGUUGUCCUUAUAAUAUUAGUGCAUGCAUUCAGAAUAAGAUCAGCCACCUACAAUGUCAAAGUCAGACCAUAUAGAUGAGGGAUAUCAAUUCUUUAAAGAAAUACUCCCAAGGUUUUAUUUGUCUGCUUUCUUUCAAUGACUUUUUCUUGUCACAGAGCAGUUACUUUUGCUGCUACUUUAUUCAAUUUAAAUGCACAUUUCUAAAUCUGUAGAUCGAGAUAUUUAAUUGAAGGUUUAUGAUUGUUGAUUGGACAAAAAACAUAAAAAUUUAACAAAUGUGAUUGAUUUCUUUUUUUAAAUUAAAAAAUGUUGAUUUUUAAUUUUUAUUUUACAGAAAUAAUUGUGAAAUGUUAAUUGGAUCUGCUGAAAAUGUGUCUGGUUUCACACACUAAUCGAAUGUUUUCUGACCAUUUGUGUAUGUCAGGGGGAGUUUGGACAACUUCAAGAGGAAGACAUUGAAGACCUCCAUUCUACAACACAACUCCGCUGCUUUAAAAUAAGGUGAACCACAGACGUAGUGGCCUAUUACGAUAAAAUUAUAAAGAGAUGUAAAUGUAAAAUGGUUCUGUCGCCUUUUUUCAGCGUUUCAACAGGACCUUUCGUGUUCUUUUUAUCAUGUUCUUUGGUUUUGUUUUCUUUGGUCUUACUGCUAUAAGCUCAUUUAGAUGCACAUGCAGGUCCACCCUUAUUUCUGUUAGUAUGCAUUCAGACUGAGUAAAGUACUUGUGGCAUGUUUGCUCUGUUCAGUCGGCUCUCACAUCUGAGAUAUUGAAGAUCAGUUUUGUUCAGUAUUUUGACUGGAAGCCCUAAGGGUCUCAACUGCUUGAAUAUUAUUUCCCCUCUGUACGCUAAAUCCCAAACCUUUAUACAAUUUUAAUUUAGACAAGUGAGUUUUCAUUUUGUUCCAGUUUUUAAUCCUGUAUUUGUCUUGAAUAAAAAUAAAAAUUUAAAACUGCUUGGUGUCUAAUUUCUAUC